UUUUCACGCUGUAUCGUGCUCCUCGUGCUUCAACUGUUUUAUAUCCAAUGUCCAUGGAGUUAGUUUUCCUAGGGACUGGGGCAGCUUACCCGUCUCCAUACAGGAGCGCCUCUGCUUUGGUGCUCCGCACGGAGGGCGACUGUUGGCUUUUUGACUGUGGAGAGGGAACGCAGACACAGCUGAUGAGAAGCCAUUUGAAAGCAGGUAGAAUAACAAAGAUUUUCAUUACUCAUCUACAUGGAGACCACAUGUUUGGUUUGCCUGGGCUUUUGUGCACAUUAAGCCUCAACUGUAGUACCACAGCUGGCAAAGAACAACAGCCUGUGCAUAUCUAUGGACCAGCGGGAUUGAGGAAAUUUCUCCGUGUCAGUUUGGAACUAUCUAAUUCUCAAUUGCUAUUUCCGUAUAUAGUCCAUGAAUUUGUUCCAACAGCAGAUCAGAGUCCAACAGAAGGCAUGAUUGAUUCAGUCAAGACAGAAUGUGAUGGCGAACUGUACCCACAAGAGCAGGAAGGAAGGACAAUUUAUCUUGACCCCGAAGAGAAGUGCUACACCCUGCUGGAAAAUGAGCAGUUUGUUGUUAAAGCAUUUCGACUUUAUCAUCGGAUACCUUCUUUCGGUUUUACAGUCCAAGAAAGAGAACGACCUGGGAGGUUAAAUGUUGAAAAAUUAAAGGAGCUCGGAGUAAGACCAGGACCGGCAUAUGGCAAACUAAAGAAUGGAGAAUCUAUUGUACUUGAAAAUGGUGUCACUGUCCACUCAGCAGAUGUUGUCCAGACCUCUAUCCCUGGACGAAAACUGUGUAUAUUAGGUGACUGCAGUGGUCCUAUUGAUGAUGCCGCUCAAAGACUUUGUUGGGAAGCAGAUGUGCUUGUGCAUGAGGCUACACUUAAUGACACACAGAAAGACAAGGCCCUUGAACAUGGUCAUAGUACACCAAGCAUGGCAGCAGACUUUGCAAACUCAUGUCAAGCAAAACAACUGGUCCUUAAUCAUUUUAGUCAGAGGUAUAAGCCUUCCUCUCUGUUGAAGGGCGAAGAUGAAAAUAACAUCAUGGAGAUGAAAUUGCAAGCUGCAGGUGUAUUUAAAGGUAAUGAAGUUAUAAUAGCUGAGGAUUUCUUGUCAAUAAGUGUUCCUAUUAAAAAAAAUCAUAGUUCUACCCUUUAAACUUAAACUUUUUUAAAGUACUUUGACUUUCAGAAAAUUGUUUGCAAUUCCUCAGUAGUGCCUUUUUAUACCUCAGGAGGAAUAACAAGUAUAGCUUAUACUCUGCAUGCAUCCAGGAAAUAUGAGUUUAUUGAAAACUUGUCUCUUGUAAUUUAACUUUCUUUCACAGGUGGAAGUUUUUAUGUAUUAUCUUCAAGCUGGAAAAUGUUACUAGUUCGCAAACUUUACAAAUCAAGUACUAGUUUACGCAGUGACCUAUCCACUCUUUUAAAUAUUAGUUUAAGGUUUUAGUUAAUGUCUUCAAUUGAAAACUCAUGUAUAUAUUCUGUUUUGGUAUAUGAUCUUCAAUUUUAACUUAUUGUCUUUACGAAAUGCACACUGUAAAUAGUGUUUGGUUUAGUUGGAAAAUUAAAGUAAACAUCACAAAAAACAUUAUCC